AUGAAGCUCUCGGCAGUUCUCGCGCACGCAGUGCUCCUCUUUUCCUCUCUCGGGGCUGCCGCUCCUAUCGACGGAUACGAUGAUGCCCUCGACGUUCGCGCCGUGGGAGACUCACCGGACCUCCCAUCCGGGCUUGUCGCCAGGGCCAAGAAGACGGAGCCCAUGCCGAGUCUCGACACAUUCAAAGCGCAGUUCAAAGACAUCGGCCCCGAUACCUGCCUGUUCUACUCGGGCGUCUUCAUCGGAGGCCCUUCCGAAAAAAAUGUUAUGGAACUUCGUGACAGCCGGUCGUAUCUUCACGGAUAUAGAAUCCUGAAGGAGACGUGGAAGGAUGAGUCCUACACGAAGCUCGCCGGCAAGGUGAAGCCUAGUGCCAAGGCCUUCUUUGCGCAGGCCUCGAUGGCGCUCGCUCAAGAAUGCGAGGGCGUCGUGUAUGUGCUUCUGGGUGAUGGAUCCGGCCAGAACUGGCCAAGCGGUACCAUCUGGGCCAACCAGGAAUGGCCCAACCUCCGCCGCGGUGCUGGAGUUACCAAGGUUAUUCGCCUGAACGAGAAGAACGACAACCAGGAGACUAUCUGGGAGAUGACCGUACCGCACCCUGUCACCCCACCGACGCCGCCCACUCCUCCCGCUCCUCCUGCCCCUCCCAAGAACUAG